UCUCAUGUGUGCCAUACAAUCAUACGCUCAUGGUUUUCGAGCGGUCAGGCGCGACUGUAUAUUCGUGCCGCCAUUUGACAAGUGAUUAGACGGCGUAUCUCAAUCGCAUUGGCUGUCAAAACCAAAAACCCAAUAACACUCAAACUUUUUAUCUUUCCGUACUUUCGCAAUGACGGCAGAAAUCGACUCCUCCUCCUCUGCUGCUUUAAGCACGAUAAUCGUGACGGCUGUAGUAACGGCACCGACACCGAUAUCAACGGAAUUGGUGACGUCGAUUAUUACCGCGACAACUAUAGCUAUAGCACCUGCUCUCACUACUACCACGGAUCUGGAAACCUCUACACUUAUGGCGACAUCAAUACCACCUACAUCAAACUCUACAGCAGACUCCACACCAUCACCCAUCCGCACAGAUCCCUCUGAUAUAUCAGACAACUAUGCUUCUCCUCCAUGGCGCCCUGGCGCUGGUAUAGGAGUGGUGAUAGGAUUCGUCGCUAUUUUCGCCAUCGCCGGAGUUGGGUUUUGGUUUUGGAGGAGGGGGAGAUUAAGAAAGAGGAGAGAGAAGGGGGAGGGGAGUAGGAAGAAGAGAAAGGGGUGAGGGAGAUGAGGGUGGGUGUAUAGAUGAGGUGGGUUGAGGUUUUAGUUUAGUGCAGGAGAAAUAGCGGAGCGAGAUGAAGGAACGAGCGAGGUUUGGUGUAAUAUCAACGGGCGUCCUCUAUCUCCAUGAUCUGACAGUGGCUUGCGGUGCUCUUGUCCAAAUGCACAAAAGUUUCCAGAUCGGACGAUAAAGGUCGAAGAAGGAGAGAAGAGCAAAGGGACAAGACGAGGUCAGUGUAUGGCUGAUUACAUAAAUUCUAAAACAUCUCGAACUCGUGACUGGCAAAAAUCAUGAGGCCAUGAUCCUCCAAACAAGA